AUGCCAAAUGUGAAUGCCAAUAAGCCCGGUGCUGGCCCCGAUUGGACGAUUGCCCUGUCCCAUGGCAACAACAACCAUGUAGGGGAAUAUGUACAAAAUAGUGACAACGUGAAAGACCCCCUGCAAUGUGCCAGUAAUAGCCAAAGAGGAAGUUUUCACAACAAGGCUGCACAAAACAGCUGCAGCGAUAGCACUAGAAGCAGCAACCCCAACAAUGAAGUACCCUCCCCCGAUUUGUCGACGUCAAAUAGUGCAGCGAACGCUGCUCUUCCGAAAAAUCACAACAAUGAUGACACGUACGAAUUGUACCAGUUAAACGUAAAAAGUAAUAGCAAUGACUCGUCACCGCAAAAGUCUAAGUUGAGUGUAGCUAGCUACACACAACAGUAUGAAGAAUCCUACGAAGAAAGAACAAAAUUCAACAAAAAAAAAAGUAGCUUUUAUGAUAAUAAUGGGGUACCAGAUAGUUAUCCCUUUCUCCAUAGCUAUAAUAUUAGUCAUACGGACAAUGCGAAUAGGAAGUAUGAUAACGGGGCACAGCAACAGAACAAUUACAGUGGUGGAGGCACCCCCGAGAAGAACAACACGCAGCAUCCUAGCAUGUUCGAUCAGGGCGGUGCAGGGGGGCCAAACGAAAAUGAAGGAGUGUCAAUGUGGGGACCGGAUAAUUUGGAAAAUUUCCGCUUGGGUAGGAAAGGGGCCUCUAAUUGGGGUCCCGAAAAGGAGGAGUCGGGAAGCGGGGUAAGAUGCGAUGUAGGAAGCGAUUCACCAAACGGACUGCCAAAUGAACAUGGUAAUGCCAGUUGUGCCUCGGUAGGAGCAGCCGAGUGUUCCCCCCAGGGACAUACCCAAAAUGACGGUGAUGGGAACAAGCUAAGCGUGCACAACUACGAUGUAGACAAACGGUAUCAAAAUUUCUGCUCCAACCGAGAGAGAGCAAUGAGUCAUACAAAGAUAUUCAAUUAUGAGGGAAGUGAGGAGGAGAAAAUUACCAAUCCGAAAGGUAAAGCGAAUACCUUUGUCCCAAAGUACAAUAACUUGUCAGCCAAGGAAAUCCAUUUUAACAGCCUCGCAGGGAAUGAUAACAUAACUAUUUUAGCUGCCAACAAAAUGAAGUUAGAUCUUUCCAAAUUUUCCGAAAAGAAUGAAGAUGCCUUACCAGAUGUAUAUCCAUUUCAUCUUUCCAGAGAUACAAAAAAUGGAGAAGAAAAGAAAAGAGCACAUAGACCCCCUUGCUUGGAAAAGUUAUACCCUACAAAUUUUAACUAUAUAAAUACGUAUAAAAACAAUAAUGCUGAUAUUUCCCUAGAGGAAAGAAGAAGUUAUAUGAACUCCAGUCAUAUUUUUGAUUGUUAUGAUAAUAAAAUGGAACAACCCUAUCAGAAGGGGUGCGAAAACACAACCGAAGUCGUGACCCAUCGCAUCAGCAAAGAUGUAACCAAUGUGGACAACGAGAAGGAGGAAAAAAGGAAGGUGAACCCUCUGUAUAGUGAUUUAUUUGGAAGGAAAACACCAGAUAUUAACCACAACGCUCCAUGUGAAAAAAUCAUGCCAACUACUUUGAAUUGCAAUUGGAUGUAUUCCCCCAUCGACAGCAGGAAGUACUCGGAACAGUCCUUUAAUUCGUCCGAUUAUUUACAAUCUUGUGAAAAGGGAAACUUUAACAGGAAGUCAUUUCUUGGAAAAGAAGUAUAUGAUGAUGAAAAGAAGAAAAUCCUUCAAGAAGCAAUAGAGAAGGGUUCCAGGGCUUUGUUCAGAGUACAUAUGCAGUCUAUUUUACACGACGGUGUUAACUACAACUUGGAAGACUGCAAUCAUGUAGAAGCAACUUACCUCAUUCUCCAUAACAUAAGGGAUUGCGUAUCAGAUGAUGAGAUAAAAGAUGCUGUCAGGAAGAGCGGCGCGUUCGUAGUUACCUAUGAACCGGAGUAUGACUUCCUUUGUAAUAGACGCAAAAGCAACGCGAAGUUGUGCAUUAGACAUGCUAACGGGAAAGAGGGCUUAAAUUUAUUAUCGAAUCUGUUGGCUCAGCUGGCAAUUACCGUUCAAUUCAUGUGA